AUGCGUUGCAUUUGGACUUCAGUUGCUGCAUUUGUUGCCCUCGCACCUCGCUCCAUCUUGGCGCAAACCUACACAGAGUGCAACCCCCUCGAGAGCACAUCAUGUCCCUCCGACGACGCCCUAUCUUCCGGAUCUUACACAGUCGACUUCACCCAAGGAGAGAGUGACCAAUGGACCACCACCGCCGGUACCGUCAACUACGGUAGCAACGGCGCCGAGUUCACCAUCAAGCAGUCCGGUGACGCGCCCACCAUCGAGACGUCCUUCUACUUCCUGUUCGGUAAGGUCGAGGUGCUGCUGCGGGCCGCCCCCGGCACCGGCAUCGUCAGCAGCGUCGUCAUGGAGUCGGACGACCUGGACGAAAUCGACUGGGAGUGGCUCGGCGGCAAGCCCAACCAGGUCGAGAGCAACUACUUCGGCAAGGGCAACACCACCAGCUAUGACCGCGCCAUCUACCACUCCGUUUCCCCCGAGACUCAGAGCAAUCUGCACAACUACACCAUCUACUGGUCCUCCGACUACACCACCUGGUACAUCGACGGCGUCGCCGUCCGCACCCUGAACUACGCCGACGCCGUCGGCGGCAACAACUACCCCCAGACCCCCAUGCGCCUGCGCCUCGGCGUCUGGGCCGGCGGCGACAGCAACAACGACGAGGGCACCAUCGGCUGGGCCGGCGGCACCACCGACUACUCCCAGGGCCCCUUCACCUGCUACGUCGAGAAGGUCUCGAUCGUGAACUUCUCGCCCGCGACCAGCUACAGCUACAGCGACACGAGCGGCAGCUGGAGGAGCAUCACCGUUGAUGGCGGAUCCGUGAACUCAAACGAGGGAGGCGCCGUCGCGACUGCCACUUCGGGGUCGACAGCCUCGUCGACGAGCCGGUCUGGCAUGUGGUGGACGGCGAGCGCCGCCGCCGUCAAAGCGGCGUCGGGCGCCAGUCUGAACGAUAGAGCAGUAUCUUGGAAUUGUGUCAUGGUGGCACUGGGUCUGGCUUUUGGUUUCACGUCCGACCUUUUCAUGAUGAGAGUCGAAGACCUGCUGUCGUUCCCCGUCGCCUUCGGGCCAUUUACGAGCGUGGGUGAAGUAUAUGAAUACUCAUCACGCGUGCCUUCCUUCUCUCCGCCGCCGCCGCCACCUCCUGGCCCUGCGCCUUCUCCUCCUCCUCCCUCCGCCGAAGAAUGCCGCCGCCAAGCCGAAGAAGAAGAGAAGAAGAAGGCUGAGCAGAAGGCCUUCGAGGAGAGGGUGGCCGCCGAGUGGGCCGAAGAGCCCUUGCCUUUGCCGGAGGCCAAGGGUGACAUCAUGCCCAAGAAGAAGAAGAGCAAGAAGGCCAAGAAGGGCAAGAAGAACAAGAAGAACAAGAAGAACAAGAAGAACAAGAAGAACAAGAAGAACAAGAAGAACAAGAAGAACAAGAAGAA